CAGCCUGGUUUGAAGGAACUCACUGCCAAUGAUUGGAUUUCAACCCUGUUGUUAUCAUCCCACCUUUAUGUGACAGUGAAUAUUGGGAUGAUUAUCCUUGUUUUACAUGCUGUAUGUAGGCCUACAGUAUAUAACUUGGUUGCAAUUGGCCAGUGAGCCCAGUCUAGGAACACGCACGCUCUCUUGUGCACCCCGAAUGACAGGCACACAAAGAGGACCAGUAAAGAGACAGACAGGGCUGGUAAAAACUUUAUGGCUUUUUUGAUGGUCCAUCGGCCCACCGGUAUGCCCGAUGGCCAGUACACUACUGGAAGUAUCUAAUUGUCUGACUGUUAAUGCUCCAUUUAACUACAUCAGAAUUAAACCUGAAAAUAGCCUCCUUCAGUAAAAAAGCUCCGUCACAUAUGAGUCAGUGGUGUUAAUGCACAUCUGUUUUGGGUGUUCUUGACAUUUUAAGGGUUUUAAAGUUCACAAUAUAACCACAUUAGACCUGCAUGGCCUGCUUUAUAAUCCAUUUCAGUCCAAAUAUUGGGAGAAUAUUGUUGUUUUGUUGAUUUGAUAUUAAAUUGGACAUCUGCUCACAAUGUAAUGGGGCAGAUAAUGAUGGUUACAGUGAAGAGCAAAUGCGGUGGUUGAAAUAGUCUCUUAUUGUGAUAAUUUCCAAUGAAUGAAAUUUAUAGUGAGAUUAAACUAUCUCUCAAUUUGCAGGAGAGUCUCCUUAAAAACCUCUGGGACUCCUUUUGAGAAUCUCAUCAUCAGAGCAAUACACAAGAAGAUGUUUUUCCACUUUUGGCCUCUAGAUGUCCCCAUAAGAAUCUCCGGCCACCUCUUCCGAGUAGCUCCUCUUUACGCGCUCUUUGACUGUUUGGCAUUAAUGCGGGAAGUCGCUUCAUUCUGUGAGUCGGCUGAUUGAAGACAGGCUCUUGUGAAUCCUUGCCAUGGAUGAAGAGUUGACGCCUUUGGACUGCCUGCUGCCCUCAGGCACACAGAGGAUCUGUUUGAUCAUUCUGAACCAGCCUCUGGAUAAGGACUACCUGCACAUUCUCUGGAGUAAAGCUCUCUUGAGGGCAUGUGCUGAUGGAGCUGCCAAUCACCUUUAUAACAUCACUGCUGGUGAUAGAGACAGUUUUCUUCCAGACUAUAUCAGUGGGGAUUUUGAUUCCAUUACUGCCGAGGUCAAAGCUUUCUAUGCAGACAAGGGGUGCAGGCUGAUAGAAACAACUGACCAAGAUCUAACAGACUUCACCAAGUGUCUAGCCAUCAUGGUGAAGGAGAUUCAGAGACGACAGUUACAGGUGGACGCCAUAGUGACACUGGGCGGUCUGGGGGGCAGAUUUGACCAGACCAUGGCAUCUGUUGAGACCCUCCACCAUGCCCUGUCCAUGACACAACUCCCCCUGUUGAUCAUCCAGGGGACCAGCCUGGCAUAUCUACUAAGACCUGGUAGCCACAGACUGGGGGUAAACACUGGUCUGGAGGGUGACUGGUGCAGCCUCAUUCCAGUGGGUGGACCCUGCCAAACAAUCACCACUGGACUCAAAUGGAACCUGAUACAAAAACUGUAGUGGGCAGUGAGGAAGAGAGGAGAAGAAGAGCCAUCUGCAACAUCACUGAGACAGUGGAGAGAGCCCAUGGAUGGCCGUGGCUCAAGAGAGUCUUUGUUGAGACUGCUGUCUAAUGAAAGGACUGCACUGCGGUAAUGAUACUAAAGGAGGGGAGUGUACCACUAAAUAAUGAAAUGACUGCAGUGUAGCAAAGGUAACAAUGUAGGAGGCAAGUCUACAAUUUUAUAAUGAAGUGACUGCAAUGUGCUAAUAGUAAUACAGGAGGGUUUAAAUGUGUAUAAUGAUGUGAAUGUAAUGUGAUUGCUAGAAAAAUGUCUGGACUUCUGAGUAUUUGUAACAUUGCUGUCACUCACAUACCUAGCUGUGGUAAUUCACACUCUCUCUCAUUCCUACUGUCCUUUUCCACUCUGUUCUUUCUUCACCUUCUAAUUUGCUGUCAUUGUCAUCCUUUCUUACUCUCUCUCUCUCUCUCACUCCUGCUAUCUCUUUCCUCUCAUUAUUAGUUGCCGUGACAGCUGAGUUAAUUAUCACCUUCUACAUGUUACAUUAAUACUCACUCAUCAAUUGUAAAUCCCCCCCUUAGGAAACUGUCAGUAAAUACUGUCAUCGUGUGUGUGCACUUACUGUGUCUUGUUGUGCUGAUGCUUGUGUCUAUGUGUCCAUAUGUGUCUGAGUUGGCAUGUGUGUAUUUUACAGCCCAUCCUCACAAGAAUAUUCAAGGUCAAGGUAAACUUUAUUAUCUC